AUGACAUUUGUUCGAAUUUUUUAUCAAUUUAUAGACGCUGUAAUUUUACAAUGCUUCAACGACGGCCUGACGGCAAUUCAAGCAGAAAAAAAGAUUAUCGAGACGGAGGGCAUAAACAUCAAACUUUCAAUUAUAGAACAUCGUUUCAAAGAAUCAGACGAUUUAAUUUUACAAUGCUUCAACGACGGCCUGACAGGAAUUGAUGUUGAAAAAAAGAUUAAAGAGACGGAGGGCAUAAACAUUUUACUCUCGACUAUACAACGUCGUCACGACGAAUGGGAAAAAUAUACUAACUCACUAGCAAACCUGUUAAACUCAAAAGAAGGAUCAUCAUCUGCAAAUCAGGGUAAUCAAAAAAAUUUUACAAAAUAUAUUUUUUAUUACAAGGAAAAUUAAUAUACAAAAUUUAAUAGUUUAUUUUAGCAGAUAAAGCCAUAACCGUUUUGGAAGAAGAUAAUGAAGCUCAAGUUGUUAAGGCUAUUGGAUCUGAUUAUAGCUAGAUUGAAGUUUAUUUAAGUUACCUAUUGGUAUUUCAAGAAACUACAAAAAUUAUGCCAAAGAUGUAAAUGUUAUCUUCAAAACCACAAAAUUUUUUUAAGUACGAUUAAAUUGCAAAAAAAAAACAAAUAUUUAAUUUU